GCGCUCGCGCGUGCUGCGCGUGCGCACUCUUCUGCCCUCCGCCCCCGCGCGGGCUUCCCUCUGACCAGUCGCGCGUGGGCUGAGGCCCUGGGCGGGCGUUGCGAAGGCUUGUUUGCCAAAGCGCAGUCGCCGCCGCAGUCUGAAGUUUCCUUCUUUGGGGGAAGCGGGGGAGGGUGUAGACCCCCCCACUAGGGUGAAUGGGCUGUCGCGUGGGCUGCUAAGGGCAGCCUGGGGAGCACGGUGCCGGGGCCGUGACCAUGAACUCGCCCGUGGACCCCGGCGCUAGGCAGGCGCUGAAGAAGAAGCCGCCCGAGCGGACGCCCGAGGACUUAAAUAUUAUUUAUUCCUAUCUUCAUGGAAUGGAAAUAUUAUCAAAUCUCAGGGAACAUCAGCUUAGAUUAAUGUCUGCAAGAGCACGCUAUGAGAGAUACAGUGGCAAUCAAGUUCUUUUUUGUUCAGAAACUAUUGCCAGAUGUUGGUAUAUCCUGCUUUCUGGAUCUGUGCUUAUGAAAGACUCCAUGGUCUUGCCUCCUUGCAGUUUUGGUAAGCAGUUUGGAGGAAAAAGAGGAUGUGAUUGUCUUGUAUUAGAACCUUCAGAAAUGAUUGUGGUAGAGAAUUCCAAGGAUAACGAAGAUCGCAUUCUACAAAGGGAAAUUCCUGCCAGACAGUCUCGACGAAGAUUUCGGAAAAUUAAUUAUAAAGGAGAACGCCAGACUAUUACUGAUGAUGUGGACAUUAACAGCUAUCUUUCUCUUCCAGCCGAUCUUACCAAGAUGCACAUCGCAGACAACCCUCAUCCACAGGUGACUCAUGUGUCUUCUAGUCAGUCUGGUUGUAGCAUCGCCAGUGACUCUGGGAGCAGCAGUUUAUCUGAUAUUUAUCAGGCUACAGAAAGUGAGGUAGGAGAUGUAGAUUUAACACGUCUUCCAGAAGGACCUGUUGAUUCUGAAGAUGAAGAAGAGGAAGAUGAAGAGAUUGAUCGAACAGAUCCAUUGCAGGGGCGAGAUCUUGUUCGAGAAUGUCUUGAGAAAGAACCUGCAGAUAAAACUGAUGAUGACAUUGAACAAUUAUUGGAGUUUAUGCACCAGCUUCCUGCUUUCGCAAACAUGACCAUGUCUGUAAGGAGAGAACUCUGCUCAGUGAUGAUUUUUGAAGUAGUAGAGCAGGCUGGAGCUAUUAUUCUUGAAGAUGGGCAAGAGCUUGACUCAUGGUAUGUUAUUUUAAACGGCACUGUAGAAAUUAGUCAUCCCGAUGGAAAAGUUGAAAAUCUCUUUAUGGGAAAUAGUUUUGGAGUUACUCCCACUUUGGAUAAGCAGUAUAUGCAUGGAGUUGUAAGGACUAAAGUCGAUGAUUGUCAGUUUGUCUGCAUAGCCCAGCAGGAUUAUUGGAGAAUUUUAAAUCAUGUGGAAAAAAAUACCCACAAAGUUGAGGAAGAAGGAGAAAUUGUUAUGGUACAUGAGCACCGUGAACUAGAUCGAAGCGGAACCAGGAAAGGACACAUUGUAAUCAAGGCAACACCUGAGCGUCUCAUCAUGCAUUUAAUAGAAGAGCAUUCCAUUGUGGACCCAACUUAUAUAGAAGAUUUCCUAUUAACUUAUAGAACAUUUCUUGAGAGUCCUUUGGAUGUUGGGAUCAAACUCUUGGAGUGGUUUAAAAUUGACAGCCUAAGGGAUAAGGUAACACGGAUUGUGUUAUUAUGGGUAAAUAAUCAUUUUAAUGAUUUUGAAGGUGAUCCUGCUAUGACUCGAUUUCUGGAGGAAUUUGAAAAAAAUCUGGAAGAUACAAAAAUGAAUGGUCAUCUCCGGUUAUUGAAUAUUGCUUGUGCUGCAAAAGCUAAGUGGAGACAGGUUGUGCUGCAGAAGGCUUCCCGGGAGUCCCCUCUGCAUUUCAGCCUUAAUGGAGGGACUGAGAAAGGAUUUGGUAUUUUUGUUGAAGGUGUAGAACCUAGUAGCAAAGCUGCUGAUGCUGGACUGAAACGUGGUGAUCAGAUAAUGGAAGUAAAUGGACAAAACUUUGAGAAUAUAACAUUUGCGAAGGCCCUUGAAAUUUUGAGGAAUAAUACUCAUCUUGCACUUACUGUAAAGACCAACAUUUUUGUGUUCAAAGAAUUACUUAGUAGGACUGAGCAAGAGAAAUCGGGUAUUCCUCAUAUUCCAAAAAUUGCUGAAAAAAAAAGUAAUCGCCAUUCAAUCCAGGAUGUACCAGGAGAUAUUGAACAGACUUCACAGGAGAAAGGAAAUAAGAAAAUAAAAGCAAAUACUGUUUCAGGUGGAAGAAACAAAAUCAGGAAAAUUUUGGACAAAACACGAUUUAGUAUAUUGCCUCCAAAACUAUUUAGGAGAAUGUUUGGUGAUGGAGGCCUGAGCCAAUCACAAGACGACAGUAUUGUGGGAACAAGACACUGUAGGCACAGUCUGGCUAUAAUGCCUAUCCCUGGAACACUCUCAUCCAGCAGUCCUGACCUCCUGCAGCCUACCACCAGCAUGUUGGAUUUUUCUAAUCCUUCAGAUAUUCCUGAUCAAGUUAUAAGAGUUUUCAAAGCAGAUCAACAAAGUUGCUACAUUAUCAUCAGUAAAGACACUACAGCUAAAGAAGUUGUUUGUCAAGCUGUUCAUGAAUUUGGUUUAACUGGUGCAUCCGACACAUAUUCUCUCUGUGAAGUUUCUGUUACCCCUGAGGGUGUCAUAAAGCAGAGACGACUUCCAGACCAGUUCUCCAAAUUAGCUGAUAGAAUUCAGCUCAAUGGAAGGUAUUAUUUAAAAAAUAACAUGGAAACAGAAACCCUAUGUUCAGAUGAAGAUGCUCAAGAACUAGUUAAGGAAAGCCAGCUAUCCAUGCUGCAACUCAGUACUAUUGAGGUGGCCACUCAGCUGUCAAUGAGGGAUUUUGAUUUAUUUCGUAAUAUCGAGCCUACUGAAUAUAUUGAUGACCUUUUUAAGUUAGAUUCCAAAACAGGAAAUACUCACUUGAAAGAAUUUGAGGAUAUUGUAAACCAAGAGACAUUCUGGGUUGCCUCGGAGAUUUUAACUGAAUCAAAUCAGCUCAAACGAAUGAAGAUCAUUAAACAUUUUAUUAAAAUUGCACUUCAUUGUCGAGAAUGUAAGAACUUCAACUCCAUGUUUGCAAUAAUAAGUGGCUUGAAUCUGGCAUCUGUUGCACGACUCAGAGGUACUUGGGAAAAGUUACCAAGCAAGUAUGAGAAACAUCUCCAAGAUCUCCAAGACCUUUUUGAUCCAUCUAGAAACAUGGCAAAAUACAGAAAUAUUCUUAGUAGUCAAAGUAUGCAGCCUCCAAUUAUUCCUCUCUUCCCUGUUGUCAAGAAAGAUAUGACAUUUCUACAUGAAGGAAAUGAUUCCAAAGUAGAUGGUUUAGUAAAUUUUGAGAAGCUCAGAAUGAUUGCCAAGGAAAUUCGUCAAGUUGUUCGAAUGACUUCUGCUAACAUGGACCCAGCUAUGAUGUUCCGUCAGAGGAAGAAGAGGUGGCGGAGUCUGGGGUCGCUGAGUCAGGGCAGCACAAAUUCAAACAUGCUAGAUGUUCAGGGAGGUGCUCACAAAAAACGGGCGCGUCGAAGCUCUCUGCUUAAUGCCAAGAAGCUAUACGAGGAUGCCCAAAUGGCGAGGAAAGUGAAGCAGUAUCUUUCCAGCCUGGAUGUAGAGACAGAUGAGGAGAAGUUCCAGAUGAUGUCAUUGCAGUGGGAGCCUGCAUAUGGUACUUUGACCAAGAAUUUAAAUGAGAAAAGAUAUGUCAAAUCAUCAGAAAUGUCUCCAGUGCCUAUGAGGUCAGCUGGCCAAACAGCUAGAGCCCAUUUGCAUCAGCCUCACAGAGUAAGCCAGGUGCUUCAGGUGCCAGCUGUUAAUUUGCACCCCAUCAGGAAGAAGGGACAAGCAAAAGAUUCUGCUAUGUUGAGUACAGGUUUACCUCAGAAAGUUCUGGUAACAACCGAAGAAAUAAAUGGUAAGAAACAUACAGAAGAUACUAUUUCUGUGGCAUCAUCCUUACAUUCUAGUCCUCCCGCGUCUCCUCAAGGUUCCCCUCGCAAAGGUUAUACACUCAUUCCAUCAGCUAAAUCUGACAACUUGUCUGACUCCAGCCAUAGUGAGAUUUCGUCACGGUCCAGCAUUGUGAGCAACUGUUCUGUCGACUCCAUGUCUGCAGCCCUACAGGAUGAACGGUGUUCCUCCCAGGCUGUUGCAGCCCCUGCCCCCAGCGGAGCUUCGGAAAAGGCAGAGCACUCCUCAGGGAGAGGAGACCAUAGCCAGCUUGGCCCUGGGUGGACACUCUCAAAGCCAUCUCUAAUCAAGAGCUUAGCUGUCUCAUCUUCUAUGAGCAAUGAAGAGAUUUCUCAUGAGCAUAUCAUUAUAGAAGCAGCCGAUAGUGGUCGUGGAAGUUGGACUUCCUGUUCAAGCAGCUCCCAUGAUAAUUUCCAAAGCCUUCCAAACCCAAAAGGCUGGGAUUUUUUGAACUCUUAUCGACACACCCAUUUGGAUGGUCCCAUAGCCGAAGUUGAACCCACUGACUUUGAGCCCUAUUCCUGUCCUAAAGGCUGCUCUCGAACUUGUGGUCAGUGUAAAGGAAGCCCAGAGACUAAUCAGAUGAGACAGAGUUGGGCUUCCUCUAGCUCUCUGUCUGACACAUACGAGCCAAAUUAUGGGACAGUUAAACGGAGAGUAUUGGAAAACACUCCAGCUGAGUCGUCUGAGGGCUUGGACCACAAGGAUGCCGUUGACCCAGUUUAUAAAACUGUUACUUCAAGUACAGAAAAGGGCUUGAUUGUGUACUGUGUCACCUCACCCAAGAAGGAGGAUAGGUAUAGGGAGCCUCCUCCGACUCCUCCGGGAUACAUGGGGAUUUCUUUAGCGGACCUAAAGGAAGGACCCCACCUACACCUAAAACCUCCAGAUUAUAGCGUGGCAGUGCAGAGGUCAAAGAUGAUGCAUCACAGCCUCUCUAGACUGCCACCAGCUUCUCUCAGUAGCAUCCCGGUGGCCUGUGUUCCAUCGAAGAUUGUAACUCAGCCUCAAAGGCAUAAUAUGCAGCCGUCUCAUCCUAAACUAGCAGAUGUGACUGACGCAGAUAGCGAAGCAGAUGAAAAUGAACAGGUGUCAGCAGUCUAGCCUUUGAGUGACCCACUUGAAGUCUACUGAAAGUCACAGAGGAAGAAGUGGGCAGGAACCAUCUCGUGAUUCCGCAGCCCGCCAACAAACAAACAGCUCUGUUGCUGCUGCUGCUGCUGCUGCUGCUGCUGCUGCUGCUACUGCUGCUAACCCAGAGGUUUCGUUCCCUGCGCUCUGGGCAGUGAGAUAGCCCUGAGUCAUGCUUCCUUUCAUUUAAUCCCUGCAGAUGCAUAGUUUGCUCAGCUGUGGAUUUCGUGCCUGGAUACCAGUCUUUGGUUUGUACACCAGACCUGCCUUGGGACCACAGUUACUGGAACAAAUUCAAACUCGAGUCCUCACCAUAUAUAUCACUAUAGAUUUUCCUUUAACACAUUAUUUUUAAGAUAAUAGUAGUAGUGGUAUUUUCAAGCCAUAGCUUGGGUUAACAGACAAAUUCAGAAUGUCUGCCAAUACCAAGGAUAUUUUUACGUAUUUGAAAACUAACUUAUUAUUUGAAGUUUUGUGGUAUUGUUUAUAUUUGGGAACUCUUGUUAACUAAUGUUCAUGUUUGAGGCCAUAAAACUGUCUCUUAUCUGACCAAACAGAAGUCAUCUUUACAGGAUGAUGUUUGGGAUGUAACAGUCUGUAGCGCCAGUGAAAAAUGUAGGGUCUCAGUUUGAGUGGAACAGGACUCCCUUUGCUGUUGAGGUGUUAGGAAGGAAAAUACUGCCAUCUGCUGGUCCAGAUUUGGAAAGCCAAGUGAAACUGCCACAGGGUAUCUUACCAGUUCUUCAGGAAAGGGAAGGGGUAUGAUGGGGUAAGUAGCAACCCUAAAUUCCAAACAAUGAAACUUUUAUCUUACAUAACAUUUGUGCCAGUUCUUUCUAAAGUCAAAGUCAUGCUGUUAUGUAACUGUAAGUAUAAACCCAGUAAAUAGAGAAUGAGUUCUAGAUAGUUCUACUCUGUAGAAACCCAUAACUAAAAUUUUUCACAACUCAAAUACAGAGUUCUUUUUUUAAAGUGUUAGCAUUAGUGGUAUAAUCAGGAAGAUCAGUUUCACUUUAUGCAGUGUUAUGCAACUUCCCACCCCACCCCUACCACCAUUUCCCAGCACAAGCCUGUUUUCAGUCUUGAUAAACCCUGUAGCUCCAGGUUACCUUCAGGUAAAGUUCACUAGCCCACCGGAGUAUAUCACUGGUUGAAAAUUUUGUGGGUGAAAGAGGAACUAGAAUUAUGGAAACGAUUAUCUCUUGGUUCUCACUUUAGCCUUUGAGAGAAAGGAAAUAAAUAUUCAGUUGGGCAUGGCAUUCUUUUUAAGUAUUUAAUUAAAAUCUCAGUGAUUGUUUACUGGGUGAGGUAGACUUUCCAUGUUUAAAAAAAAAAAAAAAAUGAAGUAUAGGAGCUCUCUGGGGGCCUAGCAGGUUCAGGAUCCAGUGUUGUCCUUUGCUGUGGCUCUGGUUACUGCUGUGGUGCAGGUUCUGUCCCUGGCCUGGGAACUUCAUGCCACAAGCAUGCUACUACCGUUCUCCCGCCCCCCGCAAAAAAAUAAAAAUAAAAUAAGUAUAAUGGGUUUUCUAUAUCUCAAGUUUAAAUAUUUUCUUUUUUUUAAUAUAAAGGCAAGUGAAAGUUUAAUAAACUUCUGUAACUACCAAAAAAAAAAGCCAAAGCCAUUAAUGUGCACUACCCAGAUCAACUUGGAGCCAAAAUUAGAGCCAAAAUGGGUUUACUUCUGAGUGGUUGUCCAUAUAUGAAUUUGUAGGAUUAGUUGGCUUAUGACUUCCUUUUGUAGAGUUUGUUUGCAUUUUUUCCUGUUUCUUCCCUCUGUUACCCUCCUGUUCCCUUUAUUUCAGAAUCAUAAAUCAGUUACAUGUGAUAUGACAGUACUCCAUCUUUUCUGGCAAAGUGACUUAUUCAUUUUAGGAAAAAUAGCAUAUCUGAAAAAUUCCUAUGGGCAAAAAAAUAAAUAAAUCUGAAACUUCAGCCUUAGAGGUUAAUAAGCCCAGGUGUUUUUGAAUGAGGCUAGUUGGCUCCAUAGCUUUCUUGGACCAUUGGAAUGGAAAGUAACCUGGAUCAAAAGUCCUGGUUUGAGUUCUCUCAUGGCACAGUGGGUUAAGGAUCCGGUGUCACUGCAGUGGCUUGGGUCACUGCUGUGGUGAAGGUUCACUCCCUGGCCUGGGAACUUCCACAGGCUGAGGGUAUGGCCCAAAAAUUCCUGCUUUGAAAGUCACACUGUGAUGGGUGACCUAUAAACAGUGGUCCUUUGAUCAUAAACUUUUCUUUCACAGAUUUACACAAUAUUAUUUUCAUGUCCAGAAUAAAACAAAGACAGUGAAAGAUAUUUUUGCUAUAACCAUCUUUUUAUCAGGUUUGAGUAUUUAUUCUCACCAUUUUAUAUCCAUUACCCUCAGAAAAAUGUGCUGUUUGCACGAUGUCUUUUUUUAGAGGUCUUUCAAAUCUGAUGGGCACCUUCCCCAUCGUCGUCCUUGAUAUUAUCGAUAAUAUCUUGCACAAAGAGUCAGAGGCUUGUGGUUUUGGACUUGCAUCUUGUAACUGCCUUUGUUUCCUCUAGCUUGAACUGUGAGCGUUUGGAUCAGCUGAUCACAUUGAUCAGGAACUAAAAGCCAAAUGCUUUGUGUGUAUCUCUUAAACAUCGUGGAGUUUUGAUUUUAUAUUUUAAUUUAGGGUACAUUCCUGCCUUUCUCUUAGUUUGUCACGUGACUGGGACAAGAGAAGCCUUAGCCUGUACUUGCUCCAAUUCUAAAUCCCCAUUUGUUUUUGUUUUUAUUUUGUAAAUUUAUAACUGUAAUUAAGAGAGUAAUGCCCUCAUUCGCACCACAACUCUGAAUCUGCCAGAACUAUUGAAGCAGUAAAUCCUCACUGCAAACUUUUGCCAAAUGAUAAGUUUCAACGAAACAAUCUCUUCAUAAUGAAAGAUUUGGAGAAUUAGUGAGUCCAGUAUAUACUUCCAUAAAAGUUUAUUGUAAUUAAUAAAUUCUUACUUUCUCUGAUUACUUUCAGUAUGAUGUUUGGGGAGAAAAAGCCUUUAAAUGGAUUUUCAUGAAGGUGAUAAGCCGCUUUGUCAUUAUCUGCAUAACCACCGUGUGAGUCUCUCCCAGGCUGGAACUGUGACAGUAAUCAAGGGGAGUUACCAGAACAAACCUAAUUUUGAUAGCGUGGUUCUCUCCCCUUCAAAAGAAGAGGAGAAACAGUUUCCUUGUAUAUUUAAAACUGUAAUUGUCAUCCUGAUAUACUCUAAGUUUCUAAAAAAAACGUGAUAUUAAAGUAGAUGUAUUCCUUUCACAUCACCGUAAAGGCUGGAGCAAAGGGAUAAAUCUUCAAAAAUGUGUCACAAUACUUUUUCAAAUUUAAACUUGAACCCCAGUUCAUCUCUCAUUUCUGUUGUGCUUAUUAAAGGUUUCUUUACUUUUGAUACACAGUAUGCAGUUGUACUUGAUCUUUUAAAAUUGAAACGUGAGCUUAUCAGCAAAAGACAAAAACAAAACUGCACAGUCAUCAUAAUCAAAUAGCAAUUAUACUGCACAAUUCAGUGAUUGUAAAGCAUCCUGUAACAAGUAAUGUUUGUCUCCUAUUUUUUGAUACCUCUUAAACUUAUGUCUUUUAGAAAGACAGUGCCUCUGUAUGCUUUUUGUAUUUUUAUUGAGUGUAAAUAUUUGUUAUAUUUUUGGUUAAGAGAAUGUAAAAGUACCAUUUAUUAUCAUAUAUACUACUACAUUGGUGGAAUCAAUAAAGAGUCUAAUUAACCUUC